AUGGCGACCCAGUUGCCCGGCCAGUGUUUGCCUGAUUGUGCAGUCUGGGGGAGCGGGAUAGAGCGGGACUAUAUCCUUAUUCCGGGCCAGGAGCGGGACGAUUUCCUUAUUCCGGGCCAGGAGCGGGACGAUUUCCUUAUUCCGGGCCAGGAGCGGGAUACUGCGGGACUAUAUCCUUAUUCCGGGAGCGGGAUAGAGCGGGACUAUAUCCUUAUUCCGGGCCAGGAGCGGGACUAUAUCCUUAUUCCGGGCCAGAAGCGGGACGAUUUCCUUAUUCCGGGCCAGGAGCGAGUGGGCUCGGGCGAGAGCGUCGGGGGAGGGGGGCGCCUUGGCAGGCUGGGCUCGGGCGGGGUCCUCCCGGGACUGUGCGGACAGAGUGGCCAGGAAGUCAGUCUCGGGGUUCGGCUCGUUUCCCAUCUGGAGCCCGGGGCCGGGGCGAUCUCGGGUCCCCCAGCGCCUCCUGGCUCUGGUGGCCACCACGACUCAGAGGGUCCUGGGGAGACACUCCGUAGCCACCGGGUCAGUCCAAACGGAAGCCUGCCUGGACAGAGGGUGAACCGAAAGAGGGCCGAGGGCGGCGGAAAGCUUCAGAGCAGCGCCACAGGAGGCAACCGGCCCCCUCCGUGCCCCGUGGCAUCUGUGUCGUCACCUGGGAUAAAGAGGCCGCGGAGGAAGGAAGCGGCAGCGGAAGAGACGCAGCACUCUCUCUGUUGGACGGAAGGGGACCAAGCUUUUGCCCAAAAGUGCUGGGAACUCCAAGGCUUUGUCCGCCCCCUGUCGGAACUUCUGAAUCGCUUGAAAAUGGGAUGCUUUGACCGAGGUUUAAGCAGUUUCCAGCAGAGCGUGGCCAUGGAUCGGAUCCAGCGGAUCGUUGGUGUCCUUCAGAAGCCUCAGAUGGGGGACCGAUACCUGGGCACCCUAUUGCAGGUGGAAAAGAUGCUCAAGAUCUGGUUCCCUCAGAUUCCCUUAAAGGACUCCCAGGCCAGCUACGGUGUGUCAGCCAAGGAGGCAUGUGGGGCAGCUCAGUCCCGCUGUGUAGAAGACCAGAUCAUGGGAAGCAGAAGCACAUCCAUCCAAGAUGACGCAUUGAGCCUCUCCUCGGACCUCUCUUCCUUACAAGACCACGCUAUCGGAAUUCGGCAGGGACAGCCGGUGCCCAUGGGCAAUGGGCCUGCUAUGAACCUGACCUGGAUCCACCCGUUGCCCGUUUUGAACCCUCUCCUGGGACAAGUGGACUUUAAUCAGAUGAACUCUGCGCUUGGGCAGAUCUUGCCAAACGUGAGCAGUUGUGGAGUGGUUUUCUUUCUCCAAAAGGUUAUGCCUGCACAGGCUACUUCCAAGACGCUUGCACAGAGCUGCCCUCCUAGCAUGCCGUCCUCUGGCUCUGGGGAGCUACCUCGCUGUCAAAGUUUGCCUGGUGUCCUGGCAGCAAGCAGCUCUGACCCCAGAGGAACUGUUGGCAGCCUCUGUCUGUCCCUGCCCCACUUGUCGAUGUCUGGGGAGGAGCUGGCGGGGAGUGAAGCGUCUGUAGGAAAGCCUGUGAAAUGCCGCCGCUCCUGAUGCCCCCGAAGACAAGUCUCCCUGACUUGCAGACCUUUUUCCCCUUCUUCACCAACAUUAUUUUUUUAAAACUGAAAACAUUUCACAUAUGUCCAAGAGAAAGCAGAACUGUACCUACCCACAGGGUGGAAAAUUUUAGUUUCAAUAAAGAUACUGACACAAUGGC